AUGUCGAAAGAAUUUACCAUUUUUGUUGUUGAUGCAUCCAAGUAUAUGGGAAUAACGGAUCGUGAUGCUACAGCUUCAGAUUUUCUGCGGGCACUGAAAUUUGCUAUUGACUUUUUCAACCAACAAUUGAUGAAAAAUAGAAAGUCCGAUAGAUAUUGUUUAGUUGUCUACUCAGGCAACACGAUCAAGGUACUUUAUGAUAACGCGCCGUUGUCCCUAACACAAGUUAAAACAUAUCGUUCCACCAUGAUUGAAAUUCAUGAAAAUGAUGCAGGCGCAGCUCCCAAAUAUGAUUUGGUUGAUGCAUUGUUUCGAGCACUUGAUCAGUUUAAAAUUAAUAGCCAUUAUAAAUUUACAAGAAAUAUUUAUCUUAUUACGAAUGGGGUGCUUCCUAUUGGUAAAAAUAAACUGGUACCGGAAUACGUGGAUAUGGUUUCUAACCUUAAUAUAAACAUUACGUUUGUGUUGAUUAAUAAUGAUGGCAAUGAACAUGCUCAAAAUAGUUUACGAAAUCUUUGUGGAAACUUUAAAAAUUCAAAUUUAGUCAGUUUCAAGGAACUAAUGACUGCAGGCCCAGCUCUUCGGUUGAUUACUCCAAAAUGCAUUACUGAAGGAUACUUCGGGUUUGGUGAACUUGGAAAUACUUCGGAAAUUAAAAAUAUGGUACAUUUAAAUAUCCAAGUAUACCCUGCAGUUAGAGUACAAAGCCAAAUGAGUGGACACGAAUAUUAUGUGGACCCAAAACUGAAACAAAGAUCAAAGAUUGAGAGAUCUACAUAUUAUUAUACUCGGACUGAGGAUAAUUUGGACGAGGAUGAAGAUGAGGAGGAGGAUGGAGUGGAAACUAGUGAUACUCUGGAAAGAACAAUUGUUCCUCGAGCAGAAUGCACUCCUGGCUUCAAGUAUUCGCAUCGAGAUAUACUAGCAUUAACUUUAGAAUUGACAGAAGUGGCCACUUUACCAACAUACCCCAGUAUUAACGUAUUGGGAUUCAUGAAAACGAACAAUUUUUGCUACGCAUAUUUCACACAAGAUGCAAUGUAUGUGAUUCCUCAUCAAAAGGAUUCCGAGCGCAAUAGAUUGACUUUUAAUUCUAUGGUUACUGCUAUGAUUGAAUUGAAUUAUAUAGCUUUGGUGAGAUUUGUGCAGAAACCGGACGGUGAAGUCCAAGUUUGUGCAGCUUUCCCAAAAAAAGUAGCUCUUGGAAACCAAAUUGGUGAAGUUCUCUUAUUGGUCAGAAUUGCCAUGAAAGAGGAUGAAAAGAUCGGUCGUUUUCCAGACUUGAAUAAUACUGAUGAUAAUUCGGUCGACGAGUUGAUGGAAAGUUUUAUAUCAAGCAAGAAAUUGCGCGAUGAACAUUUUGAUGCUGACAUCAUUGAUAAUCAUAUGAUUGGUCUUUUGAAUUCGACAUCUACUAGCAAACCUUCCAGUAAGGAUACCACGUUAGAUAAUUUAUUAUUGUCUUCAAAUCCUGCUGCAAGGAGAUUUAAUUACUACUUUAGGAAAAUACUAGACAAGUCCUUACAGGAAGAAUCCUUGGAAACUUUUUUACAAAAGGAUAAGUUUGUUGAGAGGUAUCUUUCUAUCGACGAGCCACAUACUUUGUUCAAUUUAGAUUCUAUAUUGGACUGUAAAGAAGAAUUGUUAUAUACACUGGAUUCCACAAAAGCAGAUACGAUUACAAUGAACUUGCAGAAGAAGCUAGAUGUUAAAUACAAAACUCAGCACAAGCUGGAAAAAAAGAGCAAGCCAUUUAAUGCAACUUCUAAACCACAGCCGAACGAUGGGAAAUUUGGCGAGUAUUUUGAUAUAGAAGAUAUCUUGGAAAACUAA